UGUUAGGGCAACUCCAACCGGCUCCUUUCUUGGCCCCCUACCCGUAAAAAGAAGAGAAAACGCAAAAAAUUGUCUCCAACCGACUCCCGUUACAGCCCCCAGUCCGUCGGGCAUCCCUACUCCUCCCCUCUCCACCCCCACUCGGAGGGAAGCUCCCGGGACUCCCGAUUCGACUGACCGGAGCAACCGCCGCCUCUCCCGCGCCCUCUCGGAGGUUUCAUCGUGGAGGUGCGUUUUCCAUCUCCUCCUUCCCCAUGCUCCACCUCCCGCUGCCGCCCAUCGUUGCCUCGAUUUGGGCCGGCAGCCAUGGCCACCGCGUCUGGUUCUCCCGCCGCCGCCCUGCACCGCGCCGGGCCAGAUGUGGGCCGCUGCGCUCCCCACGCCCCCUGCCUGCCCUCCGCCACAGAGAACCGGAGAGAGAGAGAGACCAACCUGGGAGAGGAGGUGGUCGGCCCCCGCCGUUGUGCCCUCGCGCGAGUGCAGCUCGGGCCGCCGGCCCGGUCGGCCGCCGCCCCUGUGCCAUCUGCCGCGGUCGGGCGCCGCCCCCUGCGCCAUCUGCCCCGGUCGGCCGCCAGCCCCUGCGCCAUCCGUCGCGAUCGGCCGCCGUCCCUUGCGCCAUCCCCUCCUCGAGUUCCCUCCGCCCAUCCGCACAGCACACCGAAGGGCCCUCUACCCGCCGCGGCGCACACCGGAGGGCACUGCCCCCUCAACCCCUUUGCGUCGGAGACCAGAGGGCGCCGCCCCCUCAGCCCUCUGCGCUGCACACCAAGGGCGUCGGCCCCUCCACCGUGUGCGCCCCCAUCGGAGAGAGAGAGAGGGAUUGGAGAUUGGAGAGAGGGAGAGAUGUGGGGGUUCAUAGAAGAGUUGCGGUUGAGAGAAGAGCAGAGAGAAGAGAGCAGUUUAGAUAGUUUUGUUGCAAAUUCAGAUAAUUUUGUUGUUUUCAAAUGCAUAUGAUUUAUGAUAGCUGUGCAUUUGUCACAUGCUGUAAUUUAAUUGUUUUGCAUUGUGAUGUUGUGAUGCAGGGGUAGGAAUGGCUAGCUUCAUGGACUUGUUGAACGGAGGAGCUGGGGGCGAGUGGGAAGACUCCCAAUAUGCAAGCCCCCCUGAAGAACAAAUCAUUGCAGGACAUCAAAUUGUCGAAGCUACUCCGGUUGUGACACAAAAGGUGAAGAGAGGUGGAAAUUUUAGUGAGAAGGAGGACCUUUUGUUGGUCUCGGCAUGGCUUAAAAUAAGCCAAGAUGCAGUCCAGGGCAUUGAUCAAAACCGUAGUACGUAUUGGAAGCGUAUUCAUGAUCACUACCAUGCCCAUAGGAAUUUUGAUUCGGAUCGUAAUGUUAGCUCGCUCUCUCACCGUUGGGCUCUCAUUCAAGAAGGUGUAAACAAGUUCUGUGGCUGGUAUGCUCAGAUUCAAAAUAGGAGGCAAAGUGGUGUGACAGAGCAAGAUAAGGUACAACAAGCAUGUGCGAUCUACAAGGAAAAAGAUCCGAAGAAGAGGUCAUUUCCUUUCUUGCAUUGUUGGAAUGUGGUGCAGCACGCACCAAAGUGGAAUGACGCAAUCUCUCAUAAAAAACAGAAGACAAGCUCCAAUGCAAGUCCAAGCUCAUGCACUCCUGGAACCAAUGAAAGGCAUCAUGGUGAUGAGGAAGAUGGUGUCACUCAUAGUUCUCCAAUGAAAGGAAGGCCGGAUGGUAGGAAGAAGGAGAAGGCCCGGCGAUAUAAAAAUACUAUCUCACAAGGAGAUACCCUUUGCAUGGAGGCAAUGAAAAAUCAUUGGUCGAGGAGGGAAAAGAUUGAUGAGUUGAAAGAGAUGAAGAAAAAAGAACGUAAUGAUGAGAGGCUUGCACUUGAGACUAGGAGACUUGAGUUGAAACAAGAAGUUAAGAAUAAAAAGAUUGAGGCCUACAAACAAGUAGAGAAUAGGAAGCUUGACAUCCAGGAAAAAGAACUUCAGUUGAAACAAUCCAUGGGAGAUGAGCGAGUGAUGAAUAUGGAUCUGAGUGGUUUGAGUGAGAGGCAAAAAAGAUUCUACAUGAGCCUACAAGAUGAGAUCAUUGCUCGACAGGAGCGAGGUGGCGCGAGUUGAGAUCUCAUGCAUGAACUUUGAUGUAUAAACUACAUGUUUGGACUAUGUUCUAUGU